UUAACAGUGAUGGCCUAUGAUCGGUUUGUGGCCAUCUGUCACCCCCUGCACUACAAGGUCAACAUGAACCCCAAGUUCUGUGGCCUCCUGCUUCUGACAACCUGGUUACUCAGUGUUCUGAACUCUUUGUUACAUGGUUUAAUGGUUUUGCGACUGUCCUUUUGUACAGAUUUGGAAAUACCCCAUUUUUGCUGUGAACCCAAUCAGGUCAUCCAACUUGCUUGUUCUGAUACUUUCCUCAAUGACUUAUUGAUAUAUAUUUCAAGUGGAUUUCUGGGUUUUAUUCCACUCUCUGGGAUACUUUACUUAUACACUAAGAUUGUGUCCUCCAUUGUGAGAAUUCCAUCAAGAGGGGGCAAAUAUAAAGCCUUUUCCACUUGUGGGUCUUAUCUCUCAGUGGUUGCCUUGUUCUACGGUACAGUGUUUGGAGUUUAUCUGAGUUCUGCUGUUACCCAAAACUCCAGGGAAAGUGCAAUAGCCUCAGUGAUGUACACUGUGGUCACUCCCAUGCUGAACCCCUUUAUCUACAGUCUUAGAAACAAGGACAUAAAGCAGGCCCUAAGAAAGCUUUUCUGCUGA